GCGCCAUGUGAAUGCAGGGACGCGCCAUGUGAAUGCAGGGACGCGCCAUGUGAAUGCAGGGACGCGCCAUGUGAAUGCAGGGACGCGCCAUGUAAAUGCAGGGACGCGCCAUGUAAAUGCAGGGACGCGCCAUGUAAAUGCAGGGACGCGCCAUGUGAAUGCAGGGACGCGCCAUGUGAAUGCAGGGACGCGCCAUGUGAAUGCAGGGACGCGCCAUGUGAAUGCAGGGACGCGCCACGUGAAUGCAGGGACGCGCCACGUGAAUGCAGGGACGCGCCAUGUGAAUGCAGGGACGCGCCAUGUGAAUGCAGGGACGCGCCAUGUGAAUGCAGGGACGCGCCAUGUGAAUGCAGGGACGCGCCAUGUGAAUGCAGGGACGCGCCAUGUGAAUGCAGGGACGCGCCAUGUGAAUGCAGGGACGCGCCAUGUAAAUGCAGGGACGUGCCAUGUGAAUGCAGGGACGCGCCAUGUGAAUGCAGGGACGCGCCAUGUGAAUGCAGGGACGCGCCACGUGAAUGCGGGACGCGCCAUUCCCGCUACAAGAAGAGCGCCGAGGUGCCGCUACAAGAAGAGCGCCGAGGUGCCGCUACAAGAAGCGCGCCGAGCUCUACAGUCCCGCUACAAGAAGAGCGCCGAGGUGCCGCUACAAGAAGAGCGCCGAGGUGCCGCUACAAGAGGCGCGCCGAGCUCUACAGUCCCGCUACAAGAAGAGCGCCGAGGUGCCGCUACAAGAAGAGCGCCGAGGUGCCGCUACAAGAGGCGCGCCGAGCUCUACAGUCUCGCUACAAGAAGAGCGCCGAGGUGCCGCUACAAGAAGAGCGCCGAGGUGCCGCUACAAGAGGCACGCCGAGCUCUACAGUCCCGCUACAAGAAGAGCGCCGAGGUGCCGCUACAAGAGGCGCGCCGAGCUCUACAGUCUCGCUACAAGAAGAGCGCCGAGGUGCCGCUACAAGAGGCGCGACGAGCUCUACAGUCUCGCUACAAGAAGAGCGCCGAGGUGCCGCUACAAGAAGAGCGCCGAGCUCUACAGUCUCGCUACAAGAGCGCCGAGGUGCCGCUACAAGAGGCGCGCCGAGGUGCCGCUACAAGAGGCGCGCCGAGCUCUACAGUCCCGCUACAAGAAGAGCGCCGAGCUCUACAGCCCUGCUACAAGAAGAGCGCCGAGGUGCCGCUACAAGAAGAGCGCCGAG